AUGUCGUCAUCCGGAGACCGCACAACUAUUUUAGAUACACUAAAUAUACUUUCAUACAAUGUCCGGGGGCUUAACACACCGGAAAAGAGGAAUAUGGCCCUUCGGGAAUUCCAUAGGCUACAAGCAGAAGUAGUAUUCGUACUGACCAACAGACACUACCCCCACGCAUACUACAACAACUUUACGCACAACAAGUCAAGGGGAGUGGCAAUUUUAAUAGGGGUCCAGCUCCCACUUAUUUAUCAACAACAUUAUGCUGACGAAUCAGGUCG